AUGGAGAGCUCCCAACGCCUUCCUCGCCGGCGGCUCCGAAGCCAUAAGAUGGAGAUCGGCGCCGAUGUAACGGUCGCCUUCGCCCGGGCUGUUCGGCCGGACCCAGACCCAGAACCGCCGGCCAUCGCCUUUUCGGAGAUAGAGUCGGGCAUUGUCGAGCUGAGCAUCCGGGUCAACUCGUGGAGCGGCAGCCCGUCACUCUGCGCUGCCCUCACGGAACCUCCACCAAGAUUUCGAAGACAACCAGAUCCUCGAGGUUCUAAGAAGAAAGGUUGA